AUGGCACGGCAAGAGGCUGAGAUUCAGGCUGCUAGAGAAGCUGCGGACACCAAAGCAGCUCAUGAAAAGGCUUUAUCAGAAGCAAAAGUAGCUGCAGAAGAGCUCGAAAAGGUGAAAAAGGCUGCAGAGGAAGAAGCCGCGAAGCUCAAACCAUCGGAUGACCCAAAGCCUCCUAUCAAGUUCAAGGAUGCUGUUGGCAGGAAAUUCAGUUUUCCAUGGCAUCUGUGUAAAACAUGGAAAGGUAUGGAGGAGUUGAUCAAGCAAGCCUUCCUCCAUGUCGACGUGAUUGGGCCCCAUGUACACGAGGGUCAUUACGACCUAGUCGGUCCGGAUGGGGAGAUUAUACUACCACAGGUUUGGGAGACAGUUGUACAACCUGACUGGGCGAUUACGAUGCACAUGUGGCCAAUGCCUGAGCCACCGCCUAAACCCGGGGUGCCAGUCAAAUCACAGAGGCUGAUAGCAGGGAUAAGUAAGCUUUUUGAGCGGCGCUCUGUCAGUCAAGAUAGCAGCAGAUCGUAA